AUGUCUUCUCUCCAACCAACAUUCUCUUCCAAUUCUAGUUCAAACUUCAAUGAGCUUCAAUGGGUGAUUCAAAUCCAAAAAUUCCUAGAGGAAGAGUUCGAGCAUGAUAUUGAAAUCCCUAUCUCCAUUUUCAACGUCCCCAAAUCCCUCAUGGCUAGUGACCCAGAAUCGUACACCCCUCAAGUGGUUGCGAUUGGUCCUUACCAUCAUUGGCGUCCGGAGCUGUAUGAGAUGGUGAGGUAUAAAGUGGCUGCAGCUAAAAGAACCCAAAAGCAGCUCCAAACCCUCAAAUUCCAGGACCUUGUUGACCAAUUGACAAGGUUCGAGCUGAGGAUUCGGGCUUGUUACCACAAGUACCUGGAGUUUAAUGGCGAGACAUUGGGGUGGAUGAUGGCUAUUGAUGCUUCGUUUUUCUUCGAAAUCCUCCAAGUCUAUGUAGUCCAAGAAGGGAACACAUCGACGAGAGUUUCUUCAAGGAUGGCACAUUUGGUUGACUAUGCAGGAAGGAAGUCAGCACAUCAUGCCAUCCUUAGGGACUUGGUGAUGCUUGAGAACCAAAUGCCACUAUUUGUUUUGAGAGAAGUGUUGGCAUUUCAGUUACCAACGUUGGAAUGCACCGACAAUAUGCUUCUUUCCAUGUUUAUGGGACUGUGCAAAGAGCUCUCCCCAUUCAAGAUGAAUGAUGAAGAUAUGCCAAAGAUCCAAGUGUCGAGUUGUUGUCACUUGCUAGACUUUUUAUACCGCAUGAUCACCCCCAAAUUAGAAACUAGACCGUCAGAAAUUACAGAAACCGAGGAUGGUCCGGCCACACCACACAAGGGAAAGUCUUCAGAUAACUCGAAUUUCCUCAAACAAUUUCUGGAGAAGGUAGGGAAGCUGCUAUCGAAGUUGAACAAGGGCCCGAUACGUCUUUUGAAAAAAAUUCUAAUUUCUCGACCUGUAAAAGUGUUACACAAACUGCCUUGGACUAUCCUUUCCAACCAUGCUGGACCCGCAAUUUUGAAACAACCUCUCGAGUUACUUUCCUCCCAAGACAAAGAAGCAGUCAAACCUGAAGAUGAUAAAUCAAGCAAUAGACCGCCGUUGAUAGAGGAGAUCACCAUCCCAUCAGUCUCCAAACUCUCAAAAUCAGGUGUCAAGUUCUUGCCCGCAAGUAGUAUUUCAACCAUCUCUUUCGAUGCUAAAACUUGCUCAUUUUACCUCCCGAGUACAAGCUUAGAUGGGAACACAGAGGUGAUCCUGAGAAACUUGGUGGCCUACGAGGCAUCAACUGCAUCGGGGCCAUUAGUUUUUACUCGCUACACCGAGUUGAUGAACGGAAUCAUAGACACCGAGGAAGACGCCAAGUUGCUUAGAGAGAAGGGUAUCAUCGUGAAUCGUUUGAAGAGUGAUGAAGAAGUGGCAAAGCUGUUCAAUGGCAUGAGCAGGUCCAUUAGAUUGACCAAAGUGCCCUUCUUGGAUAAGGCAAUCAAAGAUGCCAACAAGUAUUACCAUGGUAGAUGGAAGGUGAAGAUGAGGAAGUCUUUGAAAACUUAUGUGUUCGGUUCUUGGCAAUUUCUGGCUUCGCUCGCUACCAUUUUUCUCCUGCUCUUGAUGACAUUGGAAGCAUUUUGCUCAGUCUAUAGCUGCAGUCGCAUGUUUCAUAUCAACACCACUAAUAAAUAG